AUGUCAAUACCCUUACAUCCACGGCAAUUCAACAAUAUGCUGAGGGAGGAAAAUGACCCCCCAAACAGGAGGACAACCUUCUCUGGACCAACGAUAGAGACCGGAGAAGAUGUCCAAAUUCUGCAAUCUCAUGUACAGCCUGUAGUUUCAACUCCAGCAUCAGACCCAGGAGGGAUGUCCAUACAGCUAAUGACAUCCCCAGAAUUUGACACCAUGUCCACACCUCUAAUGGGAUUACAAAAUUCUGGAGAAUUGUCCUCACCGCUAAUGCCAAUCUCAGACCCUGGGGCACUGUCCCCAUUGCUAAUGCCAGCUUCAGAUUCAGAAACACUGUCCCCAUUGCUAAUGCCAAACUCAGACUCUGGGGCACUGUCCCCAUUGCUAAUGCCAAUCUCAGAUUCUGGAACAUUAUCCCCACUGCUGUCCACUUCAGACUAUGGUCUAAUGUCCCCAGGGCUGAUGACAAUUCCUGACUUUGGAACAAUGUCCACAACACUAAUGGAGGCACCAGAUUCUGCAGAGAUGUCACCAUUGGCAAUGCCAACUCCACCUUCUGGAGUGAUGCCUACAUCUAUAAUGAGCACUCCAUCCUCUGAAGAGAGGUCCACACCAUUGAUGCUAGCCCCAGAUCCUGGAGAGAUAUCCCCACUCCUAAUGCCAGAUAUAAACCCUGGAGUGAUAUCCACACAGCCAGUGUCAGCUCCAGGCUCUGAAGCAAUGUCACCACUGCAAAUUACAGAUGAAGACACUGAAGCAAUGUCCAAAGUAUUAAUGACUGCCCUGGCCUCUGGAGAGAUAACUUCACUGAUAAUGUCGGGCACAGACUCUGAAGCUAUAUCCUCAUUGAUAAUGUCAGCCCUCACUUCUGAAGCAACAUCAACCCAUCCAACAAGUACCCAAGACUCUGGGGAAAUGACUACCCAGACAAUGACAGGUCCAGACUCUGGAGCAAUGUCUUCACUGCUAAUGUCAACUCCAGGCCCUGGAGCAAUGUCCACAACACUCCAGUCAGGUCCAGAUGCUGGAGAAAUGUCCACAUUGCCAAAGCCAGUCCCAGAUGCUGAAGCAAUGUCCCCAAUGCUAAUGAUGCCCAUAAUGUCUAGAGUGAUGCCCACCCAGCUAAUGCCAGCCCAAAGCUCUGGAGUGAUGUCCUCCCAGUUAACACAAAAUAUAGACUCUCAGAUUAUGUCUACUCCACGGAUGAGAGCAACAGUGCCUGGGGGGAUUUCCACACUGCCAGUGAGAAUUUCAGACUCUGGAGCAAUGUCCACACCACAAAUGAGAGCCCAGGCCUCUGGAAAUAUGUCUACAUUGCUAAAGAUGGUCUCAGACUCUGGAGGAUUGUCCACCCCACUGAUGAUGGUCACCACCUCUGGAACAAUGACAACAGAGCAAAUGUCAACCACAGCCUCUAGAGUGGUGUCCACACAUGCAACAGUGGCCAGAACUUCUGAAACAACAUCCACAGGUUUUAUGAAAACCACAAACAAUGGGGCAAUGUCUACACUGCAAAUGAGAACCCCAGCUUCUGGAAUGAUGUCCUUGCCGCUAAGGAGAGCUCCAGAUUCUGGAGCAAUGUCCACACAGCCAAUUACUGCCCCAGCCUCCGAAACUGUGUCCAUGCUACAACCGACAGCCCCAAACUCUGGGUCAAUGUCCACACUCCAAAUCAGAACCCCUGUCCCUGGAACAAUGUCCAUGUCACAAAGGAGAGUCAUAGCCUCAGGAGUGACAGCCGUGCCACAAAUGAGAGCCCCAGCUUCUGGAGCAAUGUCCACACUGUUAACAAGAGACACUGCCUCAGGUGUGAUGCCCAUGCCACAAACGAGAGCUAUGGCCUUGGGAGAAUUGUCCAAGCCACUACCGACAUCCAAAGCCUCAGAAGCAAUAUUCAUGCAGCAAGUGACAACCACAGCUUCUGGAGAGAUAUCCACACUACUAAUGAAUGACAAAGCUUCUGGAGCCAUGUCCUUGCCACAGAUGACACACACUGCCUCUGCACCAUUAAUGAGAGCCCAUGCCUCUGGAGACAUGUCCACACCACAAAUGACAACUGGAGCCUCUGGAACUAUGUCCAUGCCUGUAAUGAGAGUCCCAGGCCCUGGAGCAAUGCCCACAGAGCUAAUGAGAGCCAAAGCCUCUGGAAAGAUGCCCAGGCAGCCAAUGAGCACCAAAGACUCAAGGUCACUCCUGAGAUCUAUGACCUCUGGAGGGAUGUCCCCACUACAGAUGCAAGCCCCAGCCUCUGAAAUGUCAACACCAAAACUGAGAGCCCCAGCCUCUGGGGAGAUGUCUCCACCACUAAUGAGACAGCCAGCUUCUGAAGAGAUAGUCACUCCUCUGAGACCCCCAGCUUAUGGAGAGCUGUCUAUUCCACAAAUGACAGCCAUAGCCUCUGAAGGGUUGUCCAUACCACAAAUGAGGGCUUCGGUCUCUGGAACCAUGUCCACACGGCUCAUGAGAUCCACAGCCUCUGGAGUGAUGUCCAUGCCUCAGAUGACAACCUCAGCUUCUGGAAAGGUGUCCAUUCCACUAAUGAGAGCCCCAAACUCUGGAACAAUGUCUACACCACAAAUGAUGACCAGAGAUGCUUCUGGAGAGAUGUGCACACUAUCAAAGCAAACUCCAGCCUCUGGAGUGACAUCCCCACCACUGUUAAGGGCUCCAGUCUCUGGAAUUAUGUCCACACCACUAAGGAGACCUUCAGCUUCUGAAGAUGUGUCCCCAGAGUCAGUGAGAGUUCCAGCCUGUGGAAAGAUGUCCAUUGCACAAACAACUAUGGCCUCUGGUGGGAAGCCCAAGCCAUUUGUAAGAACCACAGCCUCUGGAAAAAUGCCCAUGCCAUUGAUGUCAGCCAUGGCUUCUGGAGAGAUGCCUAUGCCGCUAAUGGAAAGCAUGGCCUCUGGAGCAAUGUCCACACUGCAAACAAGAGUCACAAGUUCUGGAUCUAUCUCCUUGCCACAAAAACCAUACUCAACUUUAAGCGGGAUACCUGCACCACCAAUGAGAGCCUCAGCUUCUGAAGCAAUGUCCACACCACUUAUGAGAGCGUCAGCUUCUGGAAUGAGGUCUAUGCCACUUCUGAGAGCCAAAGCCUCUGGAGGGAUGUCCAUGCCACAAAUGACAGCCAUGGCCUCUGGAGGAAUAUCCACACCACUAAUGAGGGCCUCAGUCCCAGGAGCCAUGUCCACACCACAAAUGGCAGCCACAGCCUCUGGAAUGAUGUCCACUGUGGACAUAAAAGUCACAGACUCUGGAGAAACAUCUGCCUCUCACAAUAACACCAUGACCUCUGGAUCAAAGCCCACAACACAUGCAGCUGCCACAACCCCUGAAACAGGGAAGCCAUCACCAAAGGAAGUUCCAUCUUUUGGCAUGCUAACCCCAGCACUCUGUUAUCUCUUAGAAGAGCAGGAAGCAGCCCGGGGUUCAAGCCCUGAGGAGGAGAAGAUGGAGAUUGAUGAGGAGAAGCAAAUGAAGGGAUUUUUGAAUGAUUCAGAGAAAAUGGCAUUUCUGGUGUCUCUUCAUCUAGGGGCAGCAGAAAGGUUGUCCAUCUUGCAGCUGGAGGUAGGAAACCCCCUCUCAGAUGAAAAUAAAUCUUUCCUGAAAAGAUCACAGGGCUUAUAUAAUUCCCUCUCUGAGAUAGAUAUUCUCAGUGCUAUUCUUUGCCACCCCAAGCAGGGCCAGAAGUCAGUCAGGCAGUAUGCCACUGACUUCCUUUUGCUGGCCCAACAUUUGUCUUGGUCUGAUGCCAUUCUACGAACCAGGUUUCUGGAAGGACUCUCGGAAGCUGUUACUACCAAAAUGGGACAGAUCUUUAUGAAGGUGGCUGGCAGCUUAAAGGAACUGAUAGACAGGUCUCUCUACAUUGAGUGCCAGCUGGCUGAAGAGAAGUAUUCCCGGGGCACCUCAAGCCAGGUUCUGCAGUCAACCUGUAAGCGGAAUAAUGAGGAGGCAAUGGAGAAUGAAAUGAACUCUCAUCAGCAGACUGAGGAGCACCAGCAUGUUCCCAAACGCUGUUACUACCUGAAAGAGCACAAAGACCCCCAAGAGGGUCUACACAACCACCUUCGACAGAGCGCAGGUCAUCAGAAGGCCUCUACCAACAAGUAA